UCUUCAAAAUUUGCACUGCGAAGAGCAGCAGCCUGCCCAAAAUGACUAGGAAAACUGUCAGAUCUAUCCUAGAGCUGGGAGACUUUUUCAAAAGCGGAGAUGGAGGAGCAAACUGCGAAACAUGGGGUCCAUUUAAUCGAAUUUUCAGGGUAUCAACGCAGUCUAGUCGAAUGACUAUACCCAAAAAAUUUGAGGAGAAAUUGACUCGGUGGUUCAAGCUCCCAGGCGACAUAAAUGAUGACCAAUCCAUUAAAAGAGCGGAAUAUCAAACUGUUGUUAGAGUAUUUGACUGCUGGACCUGCAAUCAAACCUGUUUUAAUGGCGCAAGAGCCCUUAGACCACUUAACAAUGGGGAGACAAACCCUGUUACCUCGGAGUCUGCAGAAAUGCCUUUUGGUUCCAAAGUACCAGAGUGUGACUUCUGCACACCACUUGAUUAUACUGCAGCAGAUCAGUGGGGUCGAUUGGAAAAUGCAAGUGGUUUGACGGCAUCCAAUGUUGCAAAAUAUGAUGGAUUGCAUAGUAUGGUUGUAUUCAAGGAACAUCCACCAAGCCUUAUGAACAAGAAAAAACUGUGUGAUAUUUUGGACUUGUGUACUCAGUGGUUUGAAGUUACCCAUAAAAACAACCCACUGGCAAUUUACCCAAUCAUGAACUGGAAUUGCCGCGCACGAGCUGGAGCUUCACAACACCAUGGACACUCACACAUGUUACUAGCAGAGAACUUCCAUUAUGGGCAGUGGGAACGCUUAAAACAGGCUGCAAAACAUUAUUCAACAGAAAAUCCUGGCUGUAACUAUUUUGAUGACCUUGUGACUGCUCACAGAAAUCUUGGGCUUGCAAAGAUGUUUGGAGAAGCUUGUGUGUUUGCCCAUAUAGUACCUUUUUGUGGCUAUGAGUUUAAGGUCAUCUCAUGGGACUUUGAUGAUAACUUCAAACAGGCAAUCAGUGAAGCAGUGGAGGCACUUAUUAACAAGUUUGGUGCAGAAUGUUUCAAUUUGUGCGUUCACUUUCCACCUCUUGAAAAGGGAAAGCUCAGAAAAGUUGCAGCAGCUGAAGAAGUGAAAAACAAGAGUUUGGAGAUGGGUGAAAUUGCAAUGCCUUUUAUGGCUCACCUUGUCGACAGAGGAGGAGUAAGAAAUUCAUCCUCUGAUGUUUGUGGAAUGAGGAUUUAUGGAAGUGCCAUAGUCAAUGAGGAUCCCUUUUCAAUUGCACAACAGUUAGGAUGGUCAACGUGACCUGAGUUUCAUAGUUUUUUUAAAAGUGUAUUUACAAAAAGUAGAUUGACUGAUUAUUUUCUUAAAACUCUCCUCAUCAUCAUCUGUACUUGACUAUUUUGUACCAAGAAGAUUUACUAUCUCACAAUUUUAAAGAACAUUUUUCAGCCAAUAACCAGUUUAGUACUUCACAAGAGAAUUUUUAAUGUACAUUUUAAACUCAGAGAUCCAUUUAUAAAUGAUAUCUUUUGGCUUUGGACUUUUAGACCAUUUAUUGUAAAAUUCUGAUUAAGCAACCAGCUGAUUUAAAAUUUUUCUAUUGUAGCCAUGUAAUGCAAUCAUUAGUUUCAAUUACUGUAGAUAGAACAGUUCUGUACCCUGGCUUUUUAGACUAAGUAUCACAUCAUUAAGUUAUGUAAAUUGUUUUGAACAAUUCCUGUAAAGAUAAAUAUCUAUAAAAAUUUCAAGAAUUGAUUUAUAAGAUUAUUUACGGUCUUAAUAUAUGUACAUGUAUGUACAGACUUUAAUG